UGGCAACGCUCAAGCGCUGGAUGAGUACCGUUUGUUUUAUCUAAUGCAUUUAUAUGCAUGUAACUGUGUAGUUACAUUUACUUCCAGCCUGAACGUACGCUGCAUCCAGCAGAAAAUACUUCGACAGCCAUCUGAAAAUAAAUCCAAUUUUUCGUUUUAAUACAAAGUGUUCAAAAAUAUGCCCACCGUUCGCACCGUUAGUGGAUUCAAUAAACGCCUCGUGGCGGCCAAAAAUAAGGUUGUCGUGCUGGACUUUUAUGCGAGGAACAGCAAGCCCUGCCAGGACAUUGACCAGUUGGUGCAAACUCUCGAAUAUAAAUACGCCAGCCAGGCGAUAAUCAUCAAAGUGAACGUCGAUAAAUUUGACGAACUUGUCGACGAAUACAGGGUGCGCAGCAUGCCAACAUUUGUCUUCCUCAAGAGCAACCACAACGUGGCCAAAAUCGUUGGCGCCGACGAGCACAAACUGGCCCACCUGAUGGCCGAAAUGUGCGAAUCUGAAUGAGCGCGAAUUGACGGCGGCGCAGGCGUCGCUACUUAACCAUAAAUUAAGCAUUUUAUUAUAUGUAUUUGAUGUAACU